UUGCAACUUCGUCCAUGGCCUUUAAGGGAGCUUCUUCAUCUUCCUCUUCCUCCCCUUAUGUUACCAGUCAAUGGGCUUAUGAUGUGUUCUUGAGCUUUAGAGGUGAAGAUACUCGAAACAAUUUUACUGCUCAUCUAUACGCUGCUUUGGAUCAAAAGGGAAUCAACACCUACAUAGAUAACGACCUCGAAAGAGGAGAGAACAUUUCUCCAGCACUUCUCAAAGCUAUUGAUGAGUCAAGGAUUUCGGUCAUUGUACUCUCUCAGAAAUAUGCAUCUUCCUCAUGGUGCUUGGAUGAACUUGCGACGAUCCUUGAGUGUAAGAAAAGAAAGGGACAAAUUGUUCUACCGGUGUUUUACAAGGUAGAUCCAUCAGAAGUACGACACCAAAAAAAUAAUUUUGGAGAAGCAUUUGCCAGACACGAGGAAAGAUUCAAAGAUGAUCAAAUGAAGGUGCAGAGGUGGAAAACAGCCCUAACACAAGUGGCCAAUUUGUCCGGCUGCGAUUUAGGGAACAGGAAUGAGCAUGACUUUAUUCAGGAAAUCAUUGAAUGGGUGGAUUUGAUGUUAGUAAAAGAGACAUAUUUUCAAGUUGCCACGUAUCCGGUUGGAAUAGAGUCUCUUUUAGAAGAUGUGAUGUAUUGGCAUUUAGAUAGAAAGAAGAAAGAUAGUACACACAUGGUAGGGAUCUUGGGAACUGGUGGAAUUGGUAAGACAACUCUAGCCAAAGCCAUCUACAACUCAAUUGCUUCUCAAUUUGAAGGUAGUUGUUUUCUUGAAAACGUUAGAGAAACUUCUGACCAAAAGGGCGGUCCAGUCUAUUUACAAAAUAAACUUUUAUCAAAGAUCUUAGGAGGUUCAAGUCAAAUGGUUGACAAUGAUGAUCAAGGAGUUACUUUCAUAGAGAGGAGGCUUCACCUAAAAAGGAUACUUUUAGUUCUUGAUGAUGUGAAUAAGUCAGACCAACUAGAAAAGUUAGCUGGAAGAACUGAUUGGUUUGGCUUAGGAAGUAGAAUCAUCAUAACAACAAGAGAUAAACGUUUACUUCAUGCAUAUGAUGGAGUUUUAUCAAUUUACCCUAUGAAAGGGUUGGGUCACUAUGAAGCUCUUCGGCUUUUUAGUUGGCAUGCCUUCAAAAGUGACAAACCUAAUGAUGGUUAUGUUGAAGUCACAGAAGAUGCAAUACGUUAUUGUGGAGGAUUGCCACUAGCUUUAACAGUGUUAGGCUCUGCUCUAAAAGGUAGAGACAUACUUUAUUGGAAAAGUAAAUUGGACGAGUACAGAAGAAUUCCUAACAGUGAUAUCCAAAAAAUACUUAGAAUAAGUUUUGAUGGAUUGGAAGAAAAUGCGAAGAAUAUUUUUCUUGACAUAGCCUGUUUCUUCAAAGGAGAGGAUGUAAAAUAUGUUCGAGAAAUGCUUGACAGUUGUGGUUUCCACUCAAAUACUGGUAUCGUUGAGCUAGAGGAUAAGUGUCUCAUAACUGAUGAUUGGGGAUCCAUCAUGAUGCAUGACUUGGUGCAAGAAAUGGGUAGAGAAAUUGUUAGACAAGAAUCACCCAAAAAUCCUGGCGAACGUAGCAGAUUGUGGUUUCAUGAAGAUGUUCGGUGUGUCCUAGAAGAUGAUAUGGUAAGAAUUAUGUUAAAAAUACCUUUUAAUUUUACAUUUGUUUAUUUUUCAUUAGUUAAGCCACUAGUAUUCAUUUAUUUAUUUAUUUUUGCUUAA